AUGUCACAUACCGACGUGUCCGCGGCGAGCACGCCGGACGAGUUUCCGGAUAGUGGUCCCGCCUCGCCAGCCUCUGUCGACUCCGGCGCCACCACCCCGGCAGACCAUUCCAGCCCGUUCGGCGAAAACCCACCAUUUCCGACGACCGCCUCCUCUCAACCACCACGACGCAUUCCGUCUGUGCGUGCCACCUCGGAUCCCUCCGGCACGCCGACUGCGAAAAUCAACAUGAGCCCCUCCUCGACCGUCACCGGGACCCUGAACAGCGCCCGUCGGCCACCGCCUUCUGCCGGCAAUCUGCCGCUCGAUCUCAUGGCCAAGGCGCGUGCCCUCCAGCAGCAGCGCAUGGCCAUGUCACCACACCACACUGGAUCUGCUGGGGCCAACGGCACGAUUGAUGCAUCACGCAGCACAUCGUCCGGGGCAAUGGCAGCAGCCAACCUUCGCAUCCCGCCACAUUUGAACCGGGGCAUGAAUCUCGGCGGCAUGGGACGGCCAUCGGUGCCCGGGUUUCAGUCCGCACCGGCCGUGCCCAAGGUUUCGGGCAGAUCGGGCGGUCCGAGUUUGAGCGAACGACGCGCGAUGAAGCUGGGCCCGCUACCCGGAAAUCCUGGCGACACCACACCCACGCGCGGCCCACCAAAACUGUCUGACAUGGGCGCCGGUGCUGGCCCUGGUGCCGGCGGCCUCGGCCGGCCACAGCUCAAGGAUGGUCGGCACGACUCGAAGAUGAACGACUUCAAGCACUACAUUGAUGCUGAAAAGGGUUGGAUUACUUUCGAGGGCGCCGCCACCAUCACACGGACGGGCGUCAACUUUGCGGGUGGCCACACCUUCAAGAUCUCGCUCGACGAGAUCCAGGUUCUCGACGAGUUAGGAAAGGGAAACUACGGAACUGUCUUCAAGGUCCGCCAUGCCAAGCCUGCCGUUCCACGGUUUGGUCCGGGUCUGAGUGGCUUCAAGAAUACACUUGGCAAGCAAAAGGAGCAGCUGCAAGCGACGGCGCAGUCACUACAAACGACACAGACGGACGGCGCUCCUCCCACGGCGUCUGGGACGUGCGACAAAGUUGCUAGCAACGGCACAGUGUCGAGUGGGACAAGUGGCAAGGUCAUGGCCAUGAAGGAGAUCCGGUUGGAACUGGACGAAGCCAAGUUCUCUACGAUCCUCAAGGAACUCGUGAUUCUGCACGAGUGCGUGUCCCCUUACAUUAUCGACUUUUAUGGUGCUUUUUUCCAGGAGGGUGCGGUAUACAUGUGCAUCGAAUUCAUGGACGGCGGUUCCAUCGACAAGCUGUACGCUGGCGGCAUCCCCGAGCAUGUCCUGCGCAAAAUCACGUACUCGACAGUCAUGGGCCUCAAGACGCUCAAGGAUGACCACAACAUCAUUCACCGCGACGUCAAACCGACCAACAUUCUGGCCAACACCGACGGGCAGGUCAAGAUCUGCGACUUUGGUGUCUCUGGCAACCUGGUCGCCUCCAUUGCCAAGACCAACAUUGGCUGCCAGAGCUACAUGGCCCCCGAGCGCAUCUCCGGCGGCGGUAUGUCGGCUGGCGGUGCCAAUGCCGAGGGCACGUACAGCGUCCAAAGUGACAUUUGGAGCCUAGGCCUGACCAUUAUCGAAUGCGCCAUGGGCCGCUAUCCAUACCCGCCGGAGGUCUCGUCCACCAUCUUUAGCCAAUUGAGCGCUAUUGUCAACGGCGACCCGCCGGACAUGCCCGAGGGCUAUUCGGCGACGGCAUGCGACUUUGUCCGAUCGUGUCUCAACAAGAACCCCAUGAAGCGAUAUACCUACUCCAUGCUGCUCAACCACCCGUGGCUGAAGCCGCUUGCUCAGGCCGCGACAAUCAUAGAGGAAGAGGACGAGUCGGCGUCCGAGUCGGAUUCAGAUGUAGAUGGCGAGGAGGCUGCUGCGGCCGUGAACCAGCUCAGUUUGGCCGACGCCGGCGUUGCAGGCGACACCGACAUUGCGGCAUGGGUAACAAAGGUCCUGGAGCGGAAGAAAAACGAGACCAACGAGGCAGGGAAUGCUGCCAGUACCAAGCCGGCCUUGCACACGGCACCCCUGGCUCCUUAG